AUGGAACAUGAUGCAGUCAUUGAGACACUGAUAUCUGCCGGACAAACUGUUCUUUUGACCGUCAGAUACUUCAAACCAGCCGCUCUUUUCCUGAAAAGGGCCUUACCAUAUAUACAUAGUUCUCAGUCUCCGUCAAUCCUUGAACUUGAGCGACAGUGGGUUGUCUACGUCACUAUCCCCUUACUUUUUGCAUACCUGUCCAGAUUCAUUCCUGGAACAGAUAAACUCAGAACUAAUGCCUUUGAGGUGGUUGGUGUGAAUUCUGCUUCAACGGGAGUUGUACAAUGUGAAGACAGUAGAUCAUUGGCCGAUUGGAUAAGAGCAAUAACCAAUAAUAUUUCAGCAUUGCUGACUCAUAUGAUAAAAAUGAGCAAUAGACUGUUGAUCCCAGAAGAUCAAGUUGUUCACAUGACAUGGACUCAGGAAAGGGUCUCUCCCAUGCGACACUUUCAAGCCUGGAACCAAAAUUUCUCUGUCUCAAAGGCGCAGAAAUCUGUUUGUUUGAUGUUCCUCCACAAGUUUGCAGGAAACAUUCAACAAAUUGAAUGUUUGCAGGAAGUUCGCAAAAACAGUAAACAAGACAAAUCAGCCAAUGAAAUGCAGACUGAACUGAGCUUCAUUGCCGCAAGCUUGCAGCAAUGUCUGCAGCAGGUUUGCAGCAAUGUUUGCUGCAGACUUGCAGCAAAUGUUUGCAGGAAGGCAGUAUUUUUGGAUGUUGAACUUUUGGAUGAUCGCCAGCAUUGUUGCACCAUACACUGUGGGACAGGUGAAAAAUUUUACCUGAGCACAGAGAGUCGCUCUGAUCUCCUCCAUCUGGAGAAAGCCUGGUACAAAACUUACCACACCAGCAUAACAAGCAUAAAGAGUAAAACCUUUGGUUGCACCUGGAGGGGACAGCUUUCUGGAUUAACCCUAGAUCUGGAGUCUGCAUUUUCUCUGUAUGACAACACUUUAAAGAGCUACAUGUGGACUUAUAAAUUCUCCCAACUCAAAGGCUUCUCUGAUGACAACAGAUCCAAACUGAGGCUCCACUUCCAUAGUGCAGAGAAUUCCAACAAUGUGGAAACCAGGGAGAUCCAGUGUUCCAGCCUUCACACUCUGCUUUACUGCAUCCAUGCCUUUCUGUCUGCUAAGCUGGCAUCAGUAGAUCCCUUGUUUCUAGGGAGCCAUUAA